ACCAAUGACAAUUUUACAAUACAUGAUUUUUGCUCACAAUUUCGAUCAAAAUUUGAAAAUAAAAAUAAAAAAUCUAGUUUUGUUUUUCUAGGAAAAAAGUAACAAUAUUAAAGUUGAUUGAACAAAAAAAACUAAAAUAAAUGUUGAGAAGAUUUCUUGAACACAGAAAAAUGUCUGCGACUUCCUCCCUGCUUACACUGAGAGCACAACCUGAAAAUGUUGAGAAGGUUUCUUUUACGCGCUUCGCCCCAACUCCGUUCCUCGCUCUCCAUUUCUUCGUCGCCUUCACUUCACCGUUCUUCUUCUCCGUCUCGAUCUUUCUCAUCAUCUUCGGAAUCCACAGGCAGUAAUUUCGUCGAACAGUUGGAGGAUGCAAUUGCCGAUACUCCUCCGCCGUCGGCUAAAAUCGCCGUCGACCGCUCCGGAUUAUGCAAUCCUCCUGAGCAUUCUCAUGAGCCGGCGUCGGAUUCUGAGCUGGUCAAGCAUCUCAAAAGCAUUAUCAAGUUCAGAGGAGGUCCGAUCACAGUUGCAGAAUACAUGGAAGAGGUGUUGACAAACCCAAUGGCAGGGUUCUAUAUAAAUCGCGACGUGUUUGGUGCAGAAGGUGAUUUUAUAACCUCCCCUGAAGUAAGCCAGAUGUUUGGGGAGAUGAUUGGUGUUUGGGCAAUGUGUCUCUGGGAGCAAAUGGGAAAACCAAGUAAAGUAAACUUGGUUGAGCUUGGACCGGGCAGAGGAACUCUCAUGGCUGAUCUUCUGCGGGGUACAUCAAAGUUUAAGAACUUCACAGAAUCACUGCAUGUACACCUGGUUGAAUGUAGUCCAGCUCUGCAGAAGCUUCAAUAUUGUGCCUUGAAGUGUCAAAAUAAGAAUGAUACUGCUGGAAAUGUUGAGGAGCAUAUCACUAGCACACUAAAAGGAGCUCAAGUAUCAUGGCAUGCUACAUUGGAGCAGGUUCCAACAGGAUCACCCACUAUCAUCAUCACGCAUGAAUUUUAUGAUGCCUUACCAGUGCAUCAAUUUCAGAGAGUAUCUCAUGGCUGGCGUGAGAAAAUGAUAGACGUUGCUGAGGAUUCCAGGUUUCGUUUUGUACUAUCUCCACAGCCUACCCCUUCAAUUCUGUAUCUCAUGAAACGCUUGAAAUGGGCUAACAAUGAAGAAAUUGCAAAGCUUAAACAGGUCGAGGUAUGCCCGAAAUCAAUGGAUCUGACUCAGACAAUUGCUGAUAGAAUAGGUUCAGAUGGUGGUGGAGCCCUUAUAAUUGAUUAUGGCAUGAACAGUACAGUCUCAGACAGUCUUCAGGCUAUCCGGAAACACAAGUUUGUGGACAUACUGGAUAACCCCGGAACAGCUGAUCUAAGUGCUUAUGUUGAUUUUCCUGCAAUCAAACAUUCUGCUGAAGAGGCUUCUGAAAAUGUGUCGGUACACGGGCCGAUCACUCAGUCUCAGCUCCUUGGAUCUCUUGGAAUAAACUUCCGAGUCGAAGCAUUGAUGGAGAAGUGUACAAAUGAGCAGGCCGAAUCCAUAAGGACCGGAUACUGGCGUCUGGUGGGAGACGGGGAAGCCCCAUUUUGGGAAGGUCCUGAAGAUCUGGUGCCCAUUGGAAUGGGAAAUCGGUAUUUAGCCACGGUGAUAGUAAACAAGAAGCAAGGCGUUCCUAUUCCAUUUCAGUGAACACUUUUUCCUCUUAGGGUGUGUCUGGCUUGGAGAGGGGUUUUGUGUCACUUUGUGUGGUUUUGCUAGGGAAGGGAAUUUAAUUGUUUGUUUUUAAAGUUCAAGAGAGAAUGUAAUGUAAUCAAUGGAUGAUAAUAGCUUAAUGGCCAUUGAACCCUUGUAUGUUGAUUUUUUUUCAUCUCUAAGAUCUACACUUAUCACACACCAUAUCCCUAACUUGUAGAGUUGUGA